UACUAUCAAGGAAUGAUAAGAAAGAAGUAUUUUUUAGUAAAUGCCCUGGUCUUUCUUUAGACGUAUUGGAGCCCUCAGGUCAAGCCGUGCCUCAUGGGAGUUGCCAGGUCUGUGCCAGACUGAGGGACACGAUCAGCCAACUGCAGCAAGACCAGGAGAAAGCCCUGCAGGAACAGCGGCAGUCUUUCCAGAAGCAGCUGGUGGAGACCGCCCAGAACAGGAAGCACCUGGAGGAGGAGCGAAUGGCUCUGUUGCGCCAGGAAUUACACCAGCAGAGGGAGCACGACUUCCAGAAAGUCCGCCAGAGCUGGGAGGCGGAGUCUCUGAAGGCAGUGGGUCUAGCCUAUGAGGAGGGACUGAGGGAGGCGGAGACAGCAAGAAAGAGGGAAGUGCAAGCUUUGAGAGAGGAAGAAGAGGUUCGAUCUGGUGAGAGGCUGAAAUACACUUUAUCUAUGGCGGCAGCAGAGGAGCAGAGGCGUGCGGAGCAGGAGAAGGAAGUUCUGGGGCAGAAACAUGCAGAGGAGCUCAGAAUAUUAGAGGAAAAGGUCACUGCACUUCAGGAGCAGCUGAACAAAGUAGCACAAGAAAAGGUGGAUUUUGAGUGCAAAUUUAAGGAGCUUCAACUGAAUUACAGGCGCUUUAUUGACCUCACUGACUCCAGCCUACACUCCGACUACCUCCUGCGUCUGAUCCACCUGGGAAAACCUCCGGGCUAUGUCCACUCUGCUGCACAGACUGAUGAUGUCAUCAACACAUCCUGCUGAUGUCACAGAUGUCCUUAUCUUUGUUACACCUCCAAAUAGGCUAUACAUUUCUUUGCUUUUUUUUUUAUAUAUAUUUUGCGAUCCUUUUAAAGUUUUCAUUUUUUUUUUUUUGCAUAUACAUUUUAUCCGACAAAUGUUAUG